UUCACAUCGACACUGUAGCAGGUAGGUGGUCUGAUGGCGUCAAUGCUACGCUUCGCGGUACGCUUCGCAUUACGCUUCACGGUACGCUUCGCGGCCAGCAAGCUUGCGCUGAGGGCAAAUUGCUGAUACAAGUCCCGCAAUGCAUCAAAUCUUUCAUCUGGCUUGGUUGGGACAUUUAGUCGUGUCUUUGGGGCAAGAAACGCCUGCCCCGGUGGAUUUUGAGGGCAGGAUGACUGACGAAACGAAGGAUGACUUCGCUGCAUUGUUCGAUGAAGACUUCAUGCAGAUGAUGGUCGAUUGCCAGCAGCUUGCUGGAGAUACCUGUGAUGUCACCGGCCUUGCGGAAUUUAUGGUGGAUGUCGGGAAGAGGCUCAAAGGUUCGAUUGAUGCGUGCCCAAUUGGGUGUACACAUCCUCCAGCUACUUGCAAGGACUUUUGGCUAGCUUUUGAGUCAAAUCCUGUGGCAUUGCGAAAUGGUUGCGCACAGACUGGCAAUUGGCCUGGCGUGUGCACCGUCUUCUUGCGAGAGCUUCAGGUGAGGGUUGCUGAUGAGCGGUGGGAGCUUUCUGUCAUGUGCCGGAUGAUAGAUCCAGGACUGACCUUGGAGCGGAUGCCAACUUGCAACGAGCUUGCGACAAUGACGACUGUAAACAGACUCACUUUGCAUGACGGCGGCUGCGGAUUCGCCACCCAGGAAGAGUGCAUAUCGAAUUUGUGUGACGUGUACAGCCAGUUCACAUGGCGGAUGCAUCCUCGGAAUCUUAUUCCAGAUCGCGUGAGAGUGCCCUUUGACUACACCUACGUCCUCUCAGGGUGCGAGGCCCUGGUUCCUUUGGACUUGUACAACAGACGGGCUGAAUGUCCAAAGCGAAAGGACAUUGUCAGCUUCUGUAGCUGCUUAUGCCCAGCCAUGUCUGGUGUUGAAGCACUCGGCUUCACCAAUUGUCCCUUGAUUGUCGACUCGUACCUUCUUUUUGGCAGGCUUGGAAUCUCCAACUUUACGCUCGAUUCAGAUUGUGAGCCAGAGCUUUGUGAUGCGUUUAGCUCUCGAAGAUUACAACCAGCAUGCGCGGAGACAAAGCUUCCGGGCGACCUGGAAUGUAUUGGUAUGCAGAUUCCACAGGUCCAGCCAGAGAAUUCACCCUGCCCGUGGUCGAAUCACACUGGCGAGAUAGACAUCAUGGAAUGUCUCAAUGGACAUCGCUGCAACGUCGUCACUGAGGGGUGGUAUUGCUGCGAAAACCAUCGUGGAAGAGCCAAGUGCCCAGCACAGUUUCCAGUGAUGUGCGAUACAUUGUGCUCCGGCAUCACCGAGUACUGCUGCAGAGGGGAAGGGGAGUGCACUGCUCGAGGUUGCCCAGUCGUACUUCAACGGGAGAUCGUGUACAUCCAGGAUACGACAACUUCAGCAACAACCACCCCAGCAGGCAGGACUGGUGGUGAUGACGAAGGACAAUUUGAGCUUCGACUCCCUCAAGGAAGUUGGAUUUGGUUGCUGGUCUUGGUGCCUCUAGCUGGUGGUCUCGCCUUCUACUGCUAUGUCCGCUGUAAAGGCCGGGAAGUUCAAGCUGAAGAUGACGAGACCCUGGACACUGCUAUGGGCAUGAAGCUGGACAAGUUUGGCUUCUUCAAAGCAUACAAAGCAGAGAAUCGGGAAAGGAAGGAAACAAAGCCCCGAGUGUGUAUCAUCAUGAGCGAAUUGCCAGAUACACGUCCUUUGGGCCUGGAGCUGGUCGAGUUGCGAGUCGUUCGAGUACAUCCAUGGGGCGCAAAGCAUGGAUGGCAGGUGGGUGACAUCAUUGUUGAUAUAGCUGGCCAGCCAGUGAAUACCUUUGAAGAACUUUGGGACCGCAUUCAGGUUGAGCGCAAUCGACCGCCUGUCCGCUUCACUGUGGAGCGCUGGAAUGUUGCUGCAACGGUGGAGGAACAAUUAGCUGCAGACAGCCUGGAUGAGAACCUGGCGGCAAAGAAGAUGAAGACACUGGUGGAGGAGGAUCGAGAAAGGAGGUCAAAAUCCCGAAUCGCCAGCAAACAAAUUGCUGAAGCUGCGGCUGCGCAAGCUGCAUCGAAUGCAAGGACUUUGGGGCCAAACGCACUACCGGGCUCAUUUGGAUGGGAUGACGAAUACGAGGAUGAUGACGAGUACUCGUACUACUCUGAUGAUGACUCCCGUGCGAGAACAGCACAGCUGAACUUUCCAACUGGCAGAUUCAAGUCUCGAUUUAACGCUGUUUUUCAGAUUGUGGAGCAUGAAACGCCAGCAGAAGAAGGCAGACCUGCCACACCGGGCACAGCAAAAGAAGCAGAAGCAGAAGGUACAAAGCCAAGGAUCAUCAUCGAAGAUGAAACCAAAGAUCGGAAAAAGGAAGAGAAGGCUCAUGCUCUCUCAAAAGAUGAGCGUCGAUCAUUUCAUAAAGACAAGGUCAUGUUCACUAAAGAUGCUUGGGGUCGGGCGGUUGUGAAGGUACUGAAUCCCACUCAUAGGAAGGACGGCUGAGGAUAUCAAUACGCUCAGUCGACUGAGCGUUCUCUACAUGCAAAGAACUGCCUUCGUUCAGCAAGUUUGCAGUAUUGAUAUCCAAACCUGCUAGUGGUUUGUGCAGGCCACCUUCAGAAGUCUGUUGAAUGGAACAGUUCUGUUCAUAAAGGCUUGUCCAAGACAGCCUGCGAAAAGAUGAAUUGGAACGCAAGACACAAAUGCAGCGUGGCUUCCCACAGACGCACGCAACUUCUUACUUAUCAUCACUAUGACUAUGGCUCAUAGCUUCACAAUUUGCUGC